AUGGCGUUCACAUUCACUGAGACCGAAGGCACCGCGUCAGCAAUCAGCUCCUCACCAGCGCAGUCUACGAUCAUGGAGCCAUCGCAUAUCAGGUCCGGACCACCUGAUGACUGCGUCACCCAUUUCUUUACCAGUCUCAGUAAACUGAAAAUUGCGGCGCAGAGGGUACUUGAGAGACUGAACCAGAAUGAUGACGCAGGAAAUCAGUAUAUCCUUGUCCUUGGCCUGCCUCGAGCCAUUCGCAGUCUACUAGAUGAAAACAAGGGGAAAGAAGCGGAUGAUUGUUUCAUACCACCAACCCGACAGGCCAGAGGAAAUCAGUCGACAGGUUGGCCAUCGCUGGUAAUUGACGCCGGCGUCUCUGAGUCCCUGACCAGGCUCCGCGAAGACGCAAGAUGGUGGUUCGAGAACUCCGAAGGGGCCGUUCGCACCGUGAUCCUGCUCGGCAUUAAACGGACCCAGCGGACCAUUCGGUUGGAGAAGUGGCAGUUGAGCCCUCCCGGUUAG